UCGGAGGGUACAGGGGUCCGCAUUAAUAAUCUUAACAAGGCCGUCAACACUGAUAUGAUCGCUCUCAAGGUCACGAUUAAGGCUGAGAGGAAAAGUAUCAGUGAAACCCAGCAGUUUUUUGCACAGGACUUAAGAACUCAGAGGUGACAGAAAAUCAGAAAAUCAACAGCACUCAGUUGCCACCCUGACAGCACAGCAGCACCUGUAGACAAUCAGCUCAUUAGGCCCUGAUUGGCUGCAAGCUGCAAUAAAGCCUCCUUUCUGCUGCUCAGACAAGCAGAGCAAGUCACUUCGGGGCUACUGGUUCUUUACUGCUGUGUUGGAACAGAGAGAGAGAGAAAUAUGACUUGUGGAGUUCAUUUGGGGAUUUUCCUUAUUGUCUUGGUUCAAGCAGAGCAUGUGCGCUGUUUGUGGGCUUCACAAGCAGCUCAGAGCAAGAACAACAACACAUAUGUUGGCUUCAGGCAAAAUAAUCGGGAAGCUGGUGUCAACUAUCUCCAGAAUCGACGCAGACAGGCCCUAAGCAGAAACUUAAACAUACCUUCAGCUGUGGGCGGUCGUUUUAGCUGGGGGCCUUCUACUGGUGGCUACACACAAACUGUUUCACAGCCAACUAAAAGUGGCUUGGCUAAAGUCAGGUUAGUGCAGGGCAGCUCAGUGUCAAAACCUAACUUGAAUCGUGUGCCUAAACAGCGUUUUCAUGGCCUUUCUAGUGCUAUUGCCGGUAGCGAUUCUCUGAGUAAGAGCAGCAACAAGGACACGGGGAAGUCUUCCAGCCUGUUUGGUGCUGGCGCUCCUGAGCCAAACCAAACCCCUGCACGGACCAAAACUUCCUCCAGUGUUCGCGCUAAGCUAGUGUCUAAAACGGCUAAAUCUUCCCGUCCCUCAGCUCCUAAAAACCCCAGCCAGACUGAGGUUGUGAACCCAUACAAGAGUAAACUGUUUUCAGGGAAUGCAGGAAAUGCCAGAGGAAGCUACAAGGCUAUUUCCAUGGCCUCAAGUUAUGGCACUGACUCCAAAUCGUCCAGAGAGGGAACCUCUGGUAAGAAGUUCGCCCCGACCAAGACCCACAUCAUCCCUGAUAAAUUUGGUGGCUAUGCUAUCAGACGGCUGAAGGCUCCUGGGCAGGAGAAAGUGAGUGUCAGGAAGCCCCAGCAGCAGACUCCCAACAAGGCCUACAAUGCUCCCCGGCAGCAGAUUCCCAACAAAGCCUACGAGGCUCCCAACAAGGCCUACAAUGCUCCCCGGCAGCAGAUUCCCAACAAGGCCUACGUGGCUCCCAACACGGCCUACAAUGCUCCCCAGCAGCAGACUCCCAACAGGGCCUACGAGACUUCCAACAUGGUCUACAAUGCUCCCCAGCAGCAGGCUCCCAACAGGGCCUACAAUGCUCCCCAGCAGCAGACUCCCAACAAGGCCUACAAUGCUCCCCAGCAGCAGACUCCCAACAAGGCCUACGAGACUCCCAACAGGACUCCCAACAGGGCCUACGAGACUCCCAACAGGGCCUACGAGACUCCCAACAGGCCCUACAAGACUCCCAAGAAGGCCUACGUAGCCCCUCAGCGGCAAGCAACAAACCAGGCCUACGAGGCUCCCAACAGGGCCUACGUGGCCCCUCAGAGGCAGGCUGAACCCCAGACCUACAUCUUUCCUCAGGUUGCUCCUCCCAAACCUCAAGUCCCGAGUGCUCACAUAAAUGCCAAAUGGUUUCGUGUCAGUCCAAAGUGGGGACAAUAGCAGGUGCAGCUGGUGUCCUCGGAUGAAUAUUUCGUUUUUUUUUUUAAAUGAAAUAAAUACAUUAAUUUACCACCUGGUUGUGUCUUUACUUCACCUUGUAUUGUGGGAUGGUGAAUGCCUUAGCA